AUGUCGUCCCCCGACCCCGACUUCGCGCCGCCGCCGAAGAUGACGAAAGAGCAGCACGCGCGCGCGAUACGCGCGGAUCGAGGCGCGGACGACCCGGAGCGAUCGCUCCUCGACGCGCUGGACGACUACGUCGUCCUGUGCGGCGGCGAACCGCUCGAGGACGGGUGGCGCGUGGACAUGAAGAUGCGCCUCAACGGCGCGUCCGAGGGGACGUACGACGUGUAUUACUUCAACCCCGAGGGCGUGCGGUUCCGAUCGCGCGCGGAGGCGGUCCGACACCUCGGCCUUCGUCCGAUCGCCGCGCCGAAGCACGCGUCCAAGUCGCAGCCCGCGCGCGGCGGGAAGGGCGGCGACCGCGACCGCGUCCCCGCGUUCGCGCCGACGCCGCCGGAGACGCCGGAGACGAUCCCGGACGUGAUGUCGCGCGCGGACGCGGCCGCGAGCGCGGCGACGAGGAAGGAGACGCGAUGCCCGUUCGCCGCCGCGGAGGGCGUCGUCGUCGUGGACCUGGGCGUCGUGGACGCCAGGCGCGGGUACCACGACGCGACGCACGUGUACCCGGUCGGGUACAAGACGGAGUGGAACAACGCGGACGGCAGCGCGACGUUCAUCUCCGAGGUCGUGGACCCGGACGCGGAAGAGGGCGGCGGUACAGCUGGCGGCGGUACAGCUGGCGGCGGAAAGAAAAAACCGAGGGACGCGCCGAAGUUCCGCGUCACGCGCGUCGUGAAACCCCCGUCCUCUAAACCGUCCACCGCCGACGCGGGCGAGCCCACGCCCGCGCCGCCGCUUUCAACGCCGCCGCCGCUCGUCGUCGAGGCGUCGACGCCGCUCAAGGCGUGGGCGAAGAUGGUCAUCGCGUCCAACGCCGGGGAGACGAGACGCAGCGCCGGCACCGCCGAUCGCUUCUGUCUCGACGACGUCGUCGUGUUGCGACAGCUCGAGCGAGACGCGAACACCGCGGCGCGGUGCCCGGGGUACCAGUACGUCGAGCAGCGAGGCGGGUGGGCGGAGGAGGAGAGCCGACGAGAGCGCGUGAAGCUGCACGUGAACAGAGAGCUCCUGCGCGCGCUGAAACACGCCGCGGAGGCGCAGGCGCGUUCUUUUUUCGAUGCAAAAUCACCCACCCACCGCUCAUCGAAAGAGGCUACGGAACGCGCGGCGUCGAAGCGGCCGCCGCUGUCCAAGGAGGCGAGGGACGCGCUCGAGGUUCGCAAGGUGAUGGACCGAAUGGUAUCGCGCGUCGCGGGCGGCGUCGCGGGCGGCGCCAAGCGCGCGCUCGCGGAGGAGGCGCGGCGCGCGGACAAGGCGGAACGCGACGCGAAGCGCGAACGCGAGCGCAGAGAGCGAGAGGCGGCGAAGGAGCGCGAACGCGCCGAGCGGGAGGCGACGCGCGAACGCGAAAAGGCGGAGCGCGAGGCGGCGAGAGAGCGCGAGAAGAAGGAGAAGGAGGAGAAGCGCGAGGCGGCGAGGAUACAGCGCGAGAAGGACAAGGAGAUCGAGGCCGCGGCGAGGGCGGCGGCGAAGGAGCGGUCGGCGGCGGAACGCGAGAAGAAGAGAGAGGAGGACGCCGCCGCCGCGCGCGCGGAGAAGGAAGCGGAAAAGAAGGCGGGGCUGUGGUUGCACGGCGUCGCGCCGCGCAUUCCGGACGACGCGGACGGCGGCGCGGGGCCGUCUACGCCGCCGCCGCUAGCGAGUGAGAUCGCGACGUUCGCGGCGGGGACGGGGACGGGGACGGGGACGGAUCCCGCGUCGCCGCCGCGGCGCGUCGGCGACUUGCUCGAGGUGUGGUCCUUCGUCGAUCGAUUCAAAGACGUCCUCUUCGCCGAGCGCGGGAAAGAGCUCGACGCGACCGGGUCGUCCAAGCGAUCUUGCAAGCGAUCCGGCGGCGACGACCGCGCGCCCGCGGAGGCGGCGCCGCCGACGCCCGCGGCGCUCGCCGCCGCGCUCGUGUCCGGGGACGAAGCGUGCGGCGCCGCGCUCGUGGGCGCGCUCCUCGCGCCGCUUCUCGCGUCGCACGCGGCGACGACGACGGCGGCGCUGCUCGCGGACGCGCUCGCGCUGACCCCUCCCACGGACGCGCAGACCGCGAUUCCCGGAGGCGCGUGGGAAGAGACGCUGCGGCGGUACCUCAGAGGCGCGGCGGCGGCGUGCGAGCUCCCGCCCGAGGCGCACUGGAACAGGUACGCCGCGGACGCGAGCGAGGUGGUGUGCAAGGUGCGUUCUACACACUGGUCCCCAUACGACCGCGUUGGCGUGGUGAACGCCGAUCCUUAA